AUGGUCGUCCCAAUAGCCCUUCUAAAGUUUGCAGACUGGCUUCUAGCUAGAUCAUGUUAUAGAGCUGCAAGGAAGAUGAGAAACUACGGGCUUGUUUUAAGAAACCUGUUCCUCAGACCAUCACAGUCUCCCCUGAUCCCUAGUGUGUCCAAGUGCGAGUUGGAGGGCAGAGGAUGUGAUACCUUGGUCUGCGACAUUGAUGGAACUUUGCUAAGAUCCCAAUCCUUCUUCCCUUAUUUCAUGCUGGUUGCCUUCGAAGGUGGCAGCAUUUUUCGAGCACUUAUUUUGCUUGUAUCAUCUCCACUUUUGUGGGUUUUGAACUAUAAUUUAGCACUUAAGGUCAUGAUUUUCAUAACAUUUUGCGGGCUUAGGUUGAAAGACAUGGAGAGUGUUGGAAGGGCUGUUUUGCCCAAGUUUUAUCUCGAGAAUCUCAACCUUCAGGCCUAUGAUGUGUUGGUUUCAACAGGGUUCAAGAUUGUCUUCACAAGCAUGCCGCGAAUGAUGGUUGCAGGCUUUCUCAAAGAAUACCUGAGGGUCGAUGACGUUGUCGGGACAGAGUUGCACACUGUUGGCCAGUAUUUCACUGGUAUGCUAUCUGGGUCUGGUUUGCUGGUAAAGCAAAGAGCUCUCGAGCAGUUCCUUGGGAAGGAGAAGCCUGAUAUUGGCCUCAUUGGAAGUUCCUCUCCGCAUGACCAUCUCCUCAUCUCCCUUUGCAAGGAGGCUUAUGUUGUUGGCAAGGUGGACGGAAAGCCAAGUGCAAGUUCAGUAGUGCCAAGAAAAAAGUACCCAAAGCCGCUGGUGUUCCAUGAUGGAAGGCUUGCUUUCUUCCCCACACCACUGGCAACCCUUCUCAUGUUCCUGUGGCUUCCACUUGGAAUCACGUUAGCAAUUUUUAGAGUCAUUGUUGGGAUUUUCCUCCCUUACAAGAUGGCCCUUUUCUUUGCUACCUGGAGUGGGAUUAACCUCAAGUGCAAGGUCAAUGGUAGUUUCAACAUUAAUGAACAUGAUUCAACAAAGUCAGAAAACGGAAAAGGAGUACUCUACGUCUGCACCCACAGGACACUAUUGGACCCUGUUUUCCUCAGUGCUUCACUGUGUAAGCCCUUAACUGCAGUUACAUAUAGCCUAAGCAAGAUGUCUGAGUUGAUGGCUCCAAUAAAGACAGUGAGGUUAACAAGAGAUAGAAAGCAAGAUGGAGAAACAAUGCAGAGAUUGCUGAGUGAAGGUGAUUUGGUGGUGUGUCCUGAAGGAACCACAUGCAGAGAGCCUUAUCUUCUGAGGUUCAGCCCUCUUUUUGCUGAGUUAGCUGAUGAGAUUGUCCCUGUUGCCAUUGACACACAUGUGGGCAUGUUUUAUGGGACUACUGCAAGCGGGUUCAAAUGCUUGGAUGCCAUCUUCUUCCUUAUGAACCCUAGACCUAGUUAUCUUAUUCAGAUCCUUGGGAAAGUGCCCGCAGAACAGACCUGUGGUGGAGGAAGAUCUAGUCGUGAAGUAGCAAAUUACAUACAAAAGCAACUUGCUGAUGCCUUGGGUUUUGAGUGCACCACUCUUACAAGGAGGGACAAGUACAUGAUGCUAGCGGGGAACGAAGGGGUGGUCCAAGAUAGACGAAAGAAACCCUUGCUAUCAAUUAAUUUUAUUUCUACGAGUCCAUCCCGCAUACCAUAAAAUUAGCUCCUCCCAGUGUUUGUUGUUGGAUUAAUAUAUCGAUUUUAUUC